AUGCUCGCCAAAACGCCGGCGGCACUCGCCAUUGCGUGGGCGUGGGUCGCGCGCGGCGUGCGCGGUGUGAGCGGCGCCGUGGCCGAGGCGGCCAAGCAGGUCGUCGGCGUGCUGCACACGGCGCUGGGCGCCGUCGUGGGGUUCUUCCGCUCCAUCACGCCCAGGGACGUCUGGCACGGGCUGCUGGCUGUCUUGCGGGCUGUCUUUGUGGGGCUGCCGCAAGCCAUGUGGAGGUUUCUCGCCCGCUUUGGCGAGGUCAGCUGGGAUGUGCUCGCCAAGGUGGCCGGCACCCUGGGCAAGGCUGUCUGGGUCCUCAUCUGGUGUCUCUUUGCCAUGCUUUUGUGGUUGCCGAAACAGGGCUGGAAGAUUCUGGUAUCGUGCGCCAAGGUCCUCUGGGCGGCUGUCGAGGAAGUCCUCGUGCUGCUUAACCCCAAGAGAGUAGGCUAGUUGUCUGUAUGUGCAACGCAGAUAUAUUCCACCCAUGCAUCACAAAGAUGCCCACCACAUCGGGACAGGGGUCAGCGCCAAGUCGGCAGACAGCUAGGCAGACUCGCCUAGCAGACUCGCCUGGCUCGUGUUGGCAGAAUCCACCUCACCUCCGCUUCCGCCACACUGAUUCAAGGUAACUCACUUUGAACCGUUAUACUACUUGACAUUGGCUCAAAACUGUGUCUUCAAAUGCGUCGCCGAUUAUCUGGU